AUAUCCUACGUAAAUCAAACUUCAGUCAUGUGACUGCUUUGUUAAAAGGAGGAAAAUGGAGCCCAAGGCUAGGGCAGAUGAAAUGGAAUCCUGGACUUCUGCUGAAGUUCAACAAUUCCUGUUAAAGAUGAAAAUUAGUCAAAGAACCACCAGCAUGCUAUUUGAAGCUGGAAUUAGUGGUGUUCACUUAAACAACUUUAAUAACAAUGACUACACAGAUAUAGGAAUACCAUUAGCUGAUGCAUUAAUCAUCCCGAAGCUCAGGGACAAAUAUCUAAAGGGUGGUGGGUCUUCACAAAAUGAGGAGAGGCAGAUUCCAAGAAGAUUUGGAGAGCCUGUUGGGUCUAAGAUAAAGUACAAAAAUGGUUCCAUUUUGCCUUGCGAGAAUUCAAACUAUUCUUUAGAUGAACCUCUUAGAGAAUUCAAAGAAUUUUCUUUAGACACUCCAAUGUCUCUGGAGGAUGAGGAGAAUGCUUUCAUAAGUAAGCUGGGAAAAUUUGCCAAUGCUUGCAUCAAUUCACGCAAAAAUGGAACAAUAUACUUUGGAGUGUGUGACUCCAGGGGAAAACAUAAGCAUGGAGAGAUAAAGGGUGUGAACACCUCUCUUAGUUCUACAUCCAAAUAUGAAGACUGGAUAGAGAAACAUUUUAGAAAAAAUCCAAAAAGUCUGAAAAAUUGCAGAAGAGAUGAGCAAACCGCAUUUUUAACUUGCAUCAGUAUGUUGCAUGUUAUUGAGAUUGAAAACAAUGAUCGUGUUAUAUUAGAAAUAGAUAUUGAACCAAAAUCUUCAGUCUGUAAAAAUCUAAAAUUUAAGAUUAAUACAAAUAAAUAUCCAGAUGGAGUUUAUUUCAAAAGAGAGGGUACAUCAAGCAUUCCUCUAGUUCCAAAUAGCAGAGAAGAGCGUGAGUUUAUCAAAAGAACUAGUGUGAAAUGGGCUGAGGACAGAAUGAUACUAGAAUCGUGCAAACAAAUGCCUUCAAACAUUCCUCAGGUAUUGAACAAACUUCUUUGUAAAGGAGAACACAAGAUACUAGACGGGGUUAGUGAAUACCAUUACUUCCUGGUUAUAAAUAGGUUUUGUGAGGAAGAUUGCUGCAAAAUGACUGACUCUUCUGCUUUUGAAUGGGUAAAGCUGAUAAAUUGGAGGAUCAUCUUUGACUUUGAUAAAAGAACCAAGGAAACAGGAAUUUUGUCAAACUUUCAUAGGAAGCAUAAUACCCUGAUGCAGCCAAAUUGUUUGUCUUUAGAUGAGCUUCAAAAUCUUAUGCAAAAAUACAACCAUGGUCCACAUCUGAUGAAAGAUUUGGAAUAUGGUAAUCAAACAGUGCAUGUUUCAUGUGCAGGUUCAGAAAAAGAUUCGGAACAAUCUGAUUUCCUUCAAUGGCGUAGUCAAUAUUCCUCUCAGCUAAAAAGUCUUUUUGAAAUUGCAACAGGACCGUCCAUUUUAGCAAGUGCAAAACAGAUGAUAUUUGUCAUUUGUGCUUGCUCAGAUGAGGAAAGUAGGAAAUUUAAAUAUUUCUUGAAAAGCAUUUGCAUCAAACCUAGUUUACUGAAAGAGUUUUCAUUUCUCAGUCAAAGUGAAAACCAUCUUAAAUUAGUUCGAGAGACAAUAUUGGAAGAGUACGAGUCUGAUGAUGAGUCAAAGCUUAGUGGAUUUAUAGAAAAUUCGCUUUGUGUAAGUUGGGCAGAAGUAUCUGCUUUUGUAGAGAGAAGUCAAAACAUACCAACAGGAAAGAAGUAUGUCCGCACAUCCAAACAAUCAGACAUUGAGCUGAAACCUCACGUUUUGAAAAAGUUUGAAAAAGAUGGUUUGUCAGUUUUGGCUUCAAAUGAAUGUGAUGAGCUAAAAACACUAGGUGGAAAAGAAAUCACAGAAUUAUGUAAUAAAACUAUGAUAUCCUUUCUUCAAGGGCAAGAUGCAAGUUGGGAACUUUUUGCCUUUGCUGAAGGGAUGAGUACAUAUGCAUUGAAAGAAGCAAUUCCAUGUGGUUUAAUUGAUAGAGAAAUUGUUACCAGGAUACAAACAAAAAUAGUCAGCAGUCUCUCAAAUAAAGAAAAGUGCAUUGUACCUAUCAGCGUUGGACAUUUACCAGGCACAGGAGCCACAACAGCGUUAAAGCAGGUUAUGUGGAAACAAAGGUCUGAAUACAGAUGCAUGAUGGUGAAUGGAAGGAUCCUAGAUGAUAUAAAUAUCAACAAAUUGGCUGAUGAUAUCUUGGCUUUUAGAUCUUUUGGGGAGGAAGAUGCUGUCAUUAAAGGCAAUGAGAAAUUGUAUACUUGUCUUCCACUUCUAAUUUUUUUAGAUAAUUCAGACAAGGAAUCAGCUGAAAAACUUCAGAGAAAAAUACAAGACGAGAUUGAUUAUCGAGGAAUAAAGUUUGAGAUUGCAGUUGGUGUACUUCUGUAUGUGUGUACAGGAAAGUCAAAAGGUGCUUUAGCUCUGAAUGUUGAAGAACAUUUUUCUCCUGAAGAAAAGUUACUUUUUGAAAGCAAACUGUACCAGUUUGAAAAGUGCAUUGAAACCGAGGAUAUUAUCCCAACUGACAUGCUUGGAUUUCUGACAUUCAUGAACAAAGAUUUACCAGAUAAAUAUCAAGACUAUAUAGCUCGAGUAACUAAAGAAAUUAUAGGCCAGAUAGAUGGUGCAUAUCCUGCAGAGCUGAAACUUCUCAAGUAUCUAGCUGUUUUCAAAUGUUUUAAUCAAACAGGAAACAUCUCAGUAUCCCAUGCUAAGAUGGUGUUGGGAUAUGGAAUAAGUAAUAAUCCAAAAAUUGACUUUCUGCAGUAUACAUGCGAAUAUUUUAAGAUAAUAGUGAGGACAGAGACUGAGUUUGAGCUAGGCCAUGGACACUACUCUGUUUUAGAAAUAUCUCAUUUGCCUGUUGCUGAAGCAAUUUUGAACCAUUUCUUAGAUAAAGAAUCAUUGUUAGAUGUAAUGCUAGAAAUUCUAAACAACAAGCCAUUGGUGAAACAUAGAUUUCUCCAAUCUAAAUUUAUCAAUGACCUCUCAGAAAUGGCUACAAAAAGAAGAUGGAGUCCUGUUGGUCCUGAUUCUGAAAAAGAAAAGGAUAUGAUAAGAAAAAAAAGAAUCAUUUUCUCCCUUAAUUAUCAGACUAAAAGAUGACAGAAAGCAAGAUGCAAUAACAUUACUGAAAGAGUUUAUGCUUUCCAUUGAACAAGUCAGUAAUUUGCCAGUAGCAAAAUACAUUGCUAAUCUCAAUCAGACAUUGUCUAGGUUACAUCUGGAUUACAAGGAUUUUGAGGAAGCCAAAGUAUUUGCUAAAAAGGCAAUCAGUUUAAACGAAUAUUCUUCAGCUUACCAUGACACUGUUGGGCAAAUAUUUAAGUGGGAAAUAGCAACUUAUUUAGUUGUCACCAGUGAAGUGGAGAGCAACAAGAUUCUUGAGUUAGCAGUGGAGGCUGUUAACAGCUUCAGAAAGGCACAAGAUCUAGCUAAUCUCAACAAAUCACCAGUUCUUCAAGUAGAAGCAGAUUCAGAAGAAAUUAAUGAUGAUGAUACCUUCCCAGUCAGGUGUUCUGGAUACAAGGGAGAAAUACAGACAAUUCAUACAGGAAUAAAUAUAAACUGACAAUGUUCACUUAAUAUUUGCUGAUGAAAUUUUCAAAAAAGUCCCUGAUUCCUUAAAGAAUAACUUUAAAGAGUUUAUAACUGGAAAAUCUGUCAGCUUACGUAAAACCACUGUUGAAGAAACAGAUAUUGAUGUUGAAAAAUUUGGAAAAUUCAUGCAAAGUUUUUUCGAAAGAUCGCAAUUUUGCUUAUCAAGUAUUUUAAAAGACACAGACUCAGAGAGGAUACAAAAUUCAGCAAUUAUGGAGAUGCUCCCAAAAUGGUGCAAAAAACAGCAGCAUUUAUUUGUUGAAAAUGGAUUUAGCAAACUUCCUGCUUUUCUUCAGAAGACAACAACAACACAAAGGAAGAUUAAAGCAAUCAAAGAAUACUGCAAUCUCAACAUGGUCAGUUUUCUUUACUAUGUUAAAGAAAUGAAUAAAAAAGAUGUACUCUUAAUGAGAGAGGUUUUUUCUGAAACACUUAAACUUGCAGAAAAAAAUGACCAUUUUCUUGAUAACUAUAUAAGCUUAUGCAUGCUUAAUGCUAACCUACCCACCUUAGAUAACCCUAUUGUACCCUUUCAAAAAGCCUGCAAGUUAAGUCAUGACCUAGCCAGCAUAACUAAUGAUGAGCUUUUACAAUAUGAAACAUUUUUCUGGUACAUUGCCCUGCAUUGGCCAACUCAAAAAGAGUUGGAAGAGAGGAAACAAUGUAGAACCUAUGAUGAGGUUAAGCUUCUUAGCUGUAUUCAAAAGCUAAAAAAGCUUCAGGAUGAGAGUGCAUUCUUUUUGCAGAAGAGGAAAGAAAUUCAAAAGCAGCACAUGCGACACAAUCCGAUUUUUACCCUUAAAAAUGAAAUUGGGUUUGAAAAGCUAGCCUCUUCUUCAAAUAAUGUGGUUUACCCUUUGGCAAGAUUACCAGGAAAAAUCAAGGAUAAGAGUAACUUGGAAUAUGUUUUACCAGGCAAUAAAACUGUCACCAUCAGAGCAGCAAACUUUAGGUACAAUCGAGGAAGUUCAGCCCAAAAUGUAAAAUUUACACUUGGGUUCUCUCUAGCUGGACCUGUUGCCUACCAAAUAGAAAGAAGUUCUGAUGAGAUUCAACGAUAUAAUGAUUUUGGAGAAGAAUAAUAGAAGGUAUGCUUCAAGGAAGGGGGUUUCUGUGGAUUAGACUAACAUCUACUGUUUUACUCUACAGAGGUUUGAUUCAUCGCCAUCACCGCAUUUUAAAUAAAUUAAUAAUAUUGUCAAGAUUUUUUAAAACAGAAUAAAAUGGAUAUUCUCAUGCUAAGAUUUAUCCCUUGGAAAAAGAGAUAAUAUUGUUUUUAACCUUUGUGACAGAAACAAUCUCAAGAACUGACGAGGGUCAACCCAGACCGAAAUAUAUUUUCAAUAAAUGUGGAACUAACAUCUACUUUUUUACUCUACAGAGGUUUGGUCCAUCACCAUCACAGAAUUUUAGAGAUAAUAUCUUUUUGGCACCUCAGAAAACUUAAAGGUUAAUUGAACUGCUAUUUAAUUGCUAAACUUGCUAAAUAAAAUGCUUUAUGAAGUAUA